AUGCGAGGCUUCUCCCUUGGCCAAUUGUCGGAUCAAGAUGCUCUUCGACUCUUCGAAUGGGCCGAAGCCAGCCCGUCUGCUGUCAUCAAAUGCACUUGCCAACAGGUGCGUCGACUAAAGACGUUGCCAGAGCUGUCUUAUGCGAUAGGAGGCCAAACGCUGUUCUUGCACUGCGAGACUCCGGCACUGGUAGCAGAGGUCUGCGGCAUGGUCGUUGGAGUCACUCCUAAGGACGACCAGAUCAGCUAUGAAGUCGACGACGGUACUUCUGUGCUUCGCGUUGUCGAGACCCGCAAAUCAUUGCGUCAGGCCACAAUGCGCCCUGUUCAGGCUGGAGCGAACCCACCAGCUCUGACCGGUAUCCCAGAUUGCUACGUAAUGCCGCCUGAGCUCCAGCCAUCCGCAUCAACCAGCCGACUGGAUCGUGCGACAGCAACAACGUAUCUCGCGCCGCUUGUCCCACGCUUCAAAGUUGCUGACAUCGUCGGAUGUAUCGGCAAGGUGCAGAUCGACCGCAGCGGCCAAAAAUUCUUGAUCACUCAGCAAAUGGCGCGCUGCCAAGACAUCAAUACGGAGUCUUACCAUCAAAUGAGCGUCAUCAGGCUGGAAAUUGACGUCUAUCGUCAGCCAUUUGAAUGGAGCCGCGUUGCUACGGAAACGACGGAGCAAGCUGCAAAACACAAAACGCGAUAUGGUAACAUGCCAAGAGACCGUGUGCGCCUGCUCGUGUCUGACCCUUCCCAGAACGACAAAGCUGUGGCAUCUCCAAUGAUUCCGACCAAUCGAGAGAACCAAGACUCCACCAAAAGGCAACGCCUUCAGCGAGACGAAGCUCGCAGGUUGAUCUCGGGUGAUGCUCCUUUCUCCAUGCCUUCGUCAUCAUCUGCCCCCUUCUCGAUCUCAUCUCGGACCCGCGAGCAUACUCGGUCGUCUCGGGCAUCCGAUGCAAGCACUCGACAGCUUCGCGCACACGCAAAGAUUGCUGAUCGACAUCUGACCGAGUCCUACUUUCAGCUCCAGCUGCAGCAGCACAUAAGUCAGCACUUUCAGUGUCAGCCUUUCACCCUUUCGGAUCUCCGCCUGGACUCCGCACUCUCCUCGCUCGCUCAACGCCUCGUCAUUAUUCGUUUACAACGCCGCCUCGCUUCUCGCUCGUCCGAUGCCUCGUGCAGCACCUCUCUCAAUACCACCGAGCAGCAUCCGGAGAAGAUUCGUCGGCUCUUCGAAUGGGCCAUUCGAAAGAUGAUGCAGGACGGCUUCGUCACCCUCGCCGAGAUCGAUGACUCGAGAGCUCUCAAGGCAGCUCGAAAGAAGGACACGACUAGCACGGACGUGUAUCGUCUUGUCACACCCGAGUACCUCUUGCAUCCGCUCAAGAAGUUGCUAGGCAAUAGUGUCUCUACAUUGCCAUGCAACGCUGCCUCGCACAAUGCAGAAGAGCUCGCCGCUCGUCUACGUAUCUUGGAUGAUCGCUUUCGAAACAUCACUUGCUCUCUUGUUCAAGAUAGUCUCGCUUUGUACUACGCACGCCGUGCACCCAUUGUAAUCGAUUGA